CUACCUAUUUUUAUUUAAAUUUAAUUCAGUUUUUGAAAAUUGUGAAUUGUCAAUUUUGCCAUCCAGAAAAUCUCUCGUUUUUAACAUUUGUAAGCCGACUUGGUAUUCUUUUAAGUAUCUUCCUCCCCGCGAAUACUGUGCCAUUUUUUGGCGUUCCCAGUGCGUUCACACUGACCUCCUAAAGGUUAUCGGCAUAACAAUUUUUUGUAAAUUCUCGAUUUUGCCGUCUUUCGACUCGUUUUUAUUUGUCCAAAUUUUAACUGCCGCGCACACCCACGCCCAUUGCCACCUGCUGGACUAGGAUCAGGAUCAUCAACACCGCGGCGAGUCACGAGAAAGGAUAACAAAAAUGCUGCGCUCCCUUGCAACAACACGAAACGAAAUUGGGGCCCUUCGCUCGGUGCUCCUGCGAUCGAAUAAUAACGCCACCUAUAUCCGCCGAUCCGCCGGAAAUUUGGGAGUGCGCGCCCUCAGCAGCCAGCUGAUCAAUGGCCGGAAUCUCCAGAAUAUUAGGUCCAAAUUAGUCAACAGUCAGCCCCAAACCUUGACCGGAUGGAGCUGCAACUUCGCCCGUGCCUAUGCCAGCCUGCCCGAUCACAUGAGGGUGCCGCUGCCCGCCCUCUCGCCCACCAUGGAGCGCGGCUCAAUUGUCAGCUGGGAGAAGAAGGAGGGAGACAAACUCAACGAAGGUGAUCUUUUGUGCGAAAUUGAGACGGACAAGGCAACCAUGGGCUUCGAAACGCCCGAGGAGGGUUAUCUGGCUAAGAUUCUUAUUCAGGGCGGCACCAAGGAUGUGCCCGUCGGUCAGCUGCUGUGUAUUAUUGUGCCGGAUCAGGAGAGCGUAGCCGCUUUUAAGGAUUUCAAGGAUGAUGGCCCAGCGCCAGCUGCACCUGCCUCUGCUCCAGCUCCAGCGGCAGCUCCGGCGGCAGCCGCACCAGCGCCACCACCACCACCAGCUCCGGUUGCCGCUGCGCCUCCAGCACCAGCUGCUGCUCCAGCUGCAGCAGGUACGCAGGGCCGCGUAUAUGCCAGUCCGAUGGCCAAGCGACUAGCCGAGGCACAACAGCUGCGACUACAAGGCAAGGGCAGUGGAGUCCAUGGCUCAAUUAAAUCUGGUGAUCUUGCAGGCCAGCAAGCGGCGGCCAAGCCAACAGCCGCUGCACCCGCUGCGGCUGCAAGGGCAGCCGGUGCCCGUUUCCAGGAUAUUCCGGUGACCAAUAUGCGAUCGGUGAUUGCCAAGCGUCUGUUGGAGUCCAAGACCCAGCUGCCUCACUACUAUGUCACUGUGCAAUGUCAAGUGGAUAAGCUCCUCAAGUUCCGUGCUGAGGUGAACAAGAAGCACGAGAAGGAGGGCGCCCGCGUCUCCGUCAACGACUUCAUCAUUAAGGCUGUGGCCAUUGCCAGUCUGAAGGUGCCCGAGGCGAACUCUGCCUGGAUGAACACCGUUAUUCGUCAAUACGACGAUGUCGAUGUUUCGGUGGCUGUAUCCACGGACAAGGGUCUGAUUACGCCAAUUGUUUUCAAUGCGGAUCGCAAGGGUGUCCUGGAGAUAUCCAAGGAUGUCAAGUCGCUGGCGGCCAAGGCGCGCGAUAACAAGCUGCAGCCCCACGAAUUCCAGGGUGGCACCAUCUCGGUGUCCAACCUGGGCAUGUUCGGUGUAACUCAGUUUGCUGCCGUCAUCAAUCCCCCGCAAUCGUGCAUCCUGGCCAUUGGCACCACAACGAAACAGUUGGUUGCGGAUCCUGACAGCCUGAAGGGUUUCAAGGAGGUUAAUGUUCUGACUGUCACCCUGAGUGCCGAUCAUCGUGUGGUGGACGGAGCUGUGGCUGCCAGGUGGCUGCAACACUUCCGCAACUACAUGGAGGACCCUGCCAAUAUGAUAUUGUAAAGCAACCCCCCACCCGGCACGAACCUUCACAUUUAGAGAGAGACUCCAACGAAAAAAGAAAUAGAAACAAAAGGAAAUCACAAUUUAACGGCUUUCUCAAAGCGAGUCGGACAUAAAAAUUUUGGAUGUGUGCGGAUUCUAAUCGGUGUUAUCCUAUAUAUAUAUUCGUUAUAUAUGUAAAAUUUUAAACAUUGGCACUCAUCCCCAUGUAGGCACUUACAUAUAUACAUAUACUUGUAGAAAUUAAAUUGUGUAAUAUUUGAUGUAGUUAAUGAAUGAUAUUCGAAUGAACUCACACUCAAAGAGCUGUAAAUUUCCGAUUGAUAUGCUGCUACAUCAACCGAUAUGCAUCCAGAUAAUAUUAUAGUGUAUGCUUUGUUCGCAUCUGUUGAUCAUGAUCGAUUACGAAAAAAUGGAAAUAAGUAGAUGAAAGUCCAAAGACGCGUUUGAAUAAACCUAAAAAAACACUCA